UAGUCCUCAUCCCCUUUCUUUACCUUACCCACCCUAGCUUUCAAGUUUGUCCUGAGUAAUAAGAUCUCUUAGCUUUGUAAACUGGUACACUAGUUACAAUUGAAUGUGUUAUACAAUUAAUGCCAGAUUUUUUGUCUUCAAAUGUUGUGUUUAUCAAAUCUGAAUCAACAAGGUUUUGAGCUUCCCAGCUUGAGCUUCAGCUUAGGCCUACUCCAAGUCCUAUUUAAUAAACAAGUAGACUUAGGCUGCCGAGUGCAGUGCAAAGUGCAAAUUUGAGUAUUACACUAAGUUGAUUACUAUGGAAGAUUUAAGUGAUUUUAAUUAUGAAGAUUUUAUGUUUAACUGUCAAAAAACUAUAUAUAAAGAAAACAAUGCAAACUGUUAUUCUAAAUGCAACCUCAAAAGACAAUACACACAUCAAAUGCUGCAUGCUUCACAGUGUAUAUCAAGCAACAAAUCGACAUGUCACAUUCUCGAAACUAAACUUCAGGAAUACUCAGCAGUUGUAGACAAAAGUGAUGGUGUUAAUAAUUUUGCUCGCGGUGUUCUUGACCUAGUCAUUAACAACUCCUUUGAUAGUCAAAAAUGGGAAAGCAAAGCCAAUGCUUUAGAACUGAUGAAAAAGUAUCUUAAGCCUUCGGAAGGAAAGUGUUACAAUAGCAGCAAGGAAGGAUGUAAAGCCCAGGUUCCCUCCGGCCGUCAACUAGAAAUGUUUUUGAAAAACAAGAAACAAGUCACAAAAACUCUACCUUCUCUCUCUAAUAUACCUCUUUAUUUCUCUAAUAAUCAUUCUUCCAAUUUGCAAAUAGGGAAAGUGAUGAAUGAAGACAGAAAAUUUCCUCAGGUUAAACAGGAAAGGAAAACACAAUCUUUAAAUUUCCCAGUAUCAAAGCAACAACCGCAGUCAUUCAAAAGGACUUCAAGCGAAGGAAACAAAGUACAAUCCAGCUCUGGCAUGAUGCGAGCUAUAGAGAGCCGAGUGUUUAGAACCAACCAGAGCUCUCAAGCUCCUGCCAAGCCGCAGUACACCCCGUCUUUCAGGACUGCAGGAACUGAGUUGAAACUGCAGAAUUCCAAGAAGUAUGGCAACCAAGCAGCUGCAGGUACAGACACAGCUAGCUAUGGAACAAAUAAAAAAUCUCUCGGAGGCCGCACUCGCUCUGUCAACAGCAAGUUUGUGGUUCCAGUCAAGUCAGAUUCUCAGGAGGAACAAUUUCAUGAAAACGAAGAGGGAGAAAGGGAAGACGAAUCUUUAAGACUGAUAGAUCCCAAGUUGGUGGAUUUGAUACGAAGUGAGAUCAUGGAUCAUGGUCCGCCCGUACAUUGGGAUGACAUCGCAGGAUUAACUUUUGCCAAGGCUACAAUACAGGAAAUAGUGGUGUUACCGAUGUUAAGACCAGACAUCUUCACUGGAUUGCGAAGGCCUCCCAAAGGAAUUUUACUCUUUGGACCUCCAGGAACAGGAAAAACACUAAUUGGCAAGUGUAUUGCAUCACAAUCCAAGUCUACAUUCUUCAACAUCAGUGCUUCCUCUUUGACGUCCAAGUGGGUGGGAGAAGGAGAGAAGAUGGUCCGCACGCUGUUCACUCUAGCCAGAGUUCAUCAGCCUGCAGUGGUUUUCAUUGACGAGAUUGACUCAUUGUUGAGUCAGCGAAGUGAGACUGAACACGAGAGUUCUCGUAGGAUCAAAACUGAGUUCCUUGUUCAGUUGGAUGGAGCUGGGACUGGAGAAGAAGACAGAAUACUUGUGAUUGGAGCCACAAACCGACCACAAGAGUUGGAUGAGGCUGCUCGACGACGGUUGGUUAAAAGGCUUUACAUUCCACUGCCAGACCAUCCGGCUCGCUGUCAGAUGGUGCAGACACUGAUGUCCUCGGAACGUCAUGAUCUGACAGUCACUGAGGUGGAGGAGAUCGCAGCUCUCACUGAUGGCUACUCAGGAGCUGACAUGAAGACACUGUGUCAAGAAGCCUGUCUUGGUCCCAUACGUGCUCUCAGCUUCUCGGACAUUCAAAAUAUCAACCCUGAUCAGGUAAGACCAGUAACCGUGAAGGACUUCAAAUCUGCUUUGCAAGUCGUCCGAUCCAGCGUCUCUCCAAAAGAUCUGGAAACUUAUGUAACAUGGAACAACACAUAUGGUUCCGGACAUACUACUAAAUAAUCUUAAGUCAGUCUGGUUUUUUGAGUUGCUCAUUCUUAAGUUUUGAAAAUGUUAAUUAGUUUGAAUGCCCAAUUGUUAAAUAGGUGAUAUGUGUAAGCAAUACUGUAAUAUAUUUUUGUUAUAAGUUUUUUGUAAUAACCAAUCUUAUAGCUUGCUACCGUUAAAUAAAAUAUUCAAUUAUUUGA